AUGGCUUCCAAAGCAACACGAUUUCGCUGCCUACACGCUACAUCUAUACAUCCUAUACGUCCCUCGGUAUCCUCCACCCGCACCUUUGCCACCGCAGUCUCCGAACCCACUGAGCCCAUCGCCCCUCCAACUUCAACGACUCGUCGCUCUCCUACCAUCUUCCGCGACCGCCUCAACACCGGACCUUCGCUCUCAGACUUCACAUCUCCUCCGCCCGAGAAUGAUGCACCAGAGAUUCGAACAGCCUUCGUUGGCCCCGCCGGCAAACAGAAAGAAAUUACCCGCCUCCCAUCCUGGCUUCAAACGCCCAUACCUAACAACGAAAAUUACAAGUCUAUUAAACGAGAUCUACGCGGACUGAAUCUACAUACUGUUUGUGAGGAAGCGAGAUGCCCAAAUAUUAGCGACUGCUGGGGUGGGUCUGACAAGAGUGCCGCUACGGCUACAAUCAUGCUUAUGGGCGAUACGUGCACGAGGGGGUGUAGAUUCUGCAGUGUGAAAACAAGUAAGGCGCCUCCGCCUUUGGAUCCCCAUGAGCCGGAGCAUACAGCCGAGGCAUUACGGCGGUGGGGGCUGGGGUAUGUGGUGCUUACAUCUGUUGACCGGGAUGAUCUGGCGGACGGAGGUGCUCGUCACUUCGCGGAGACCAUUAUGAAGAUCAAAAGCAAAGCUCCUGCGAUGCUGGUGGAAGCUUUGACAGGUGACUAUGCUGGGGAUUUAGAGAUGGUGGCUAAAGUCGCUAGGAGCGGAUUGGAUGUCUAUGCGCAUAAUGUUGAGACGGUGGAGGAUUUGACACCGAUGGUCAGGGACCGGAGAGCAAAGUUUAGGCAGAGCUUGAGCGUCUUGAAGCACGCCAAAGUGGCCAAGGAAGGACUUAUCACGAAGACAAGUAUCAUGCUCGGACUGGGAGAAACGGAGGAGCAGCUCUGGGAGACACUAAAAGAACUGAGGAAAGUCGACGUCGACGUUGUGACUUUCGGGCAGUAUAUGCGGCCUACAAAACGACAUAUGCCCGUACACACAUACGUUACUCCGGCCGUCUUUGAGACUUGGCGCCAGCGUGCCCUGGACAUGGGCUUCUUGUACUGCGCUAGUGGACCCUUGGUUCGCAGUUCAUACAAAGCUGGUGAAGCGUUCAUUGAAAACGUCAUCAAGAAGCGGGCAAGCAAGAAUCAAACAGCUCUGGCGGACGGCGAAAUGAAUGAUAAACUGGAGAGGAGUACGAUCAUCUAA